AUAAAAGGGACACUAUGAGUCAGCGCUCAGAGCGACGGGGGAUCCAUGUGGACCAAUCAGAACUGCUGUGUAAGAAAGGCUGUGGUUACUAUGGCAAUGCUGCAUGGCAGGGCCUAUGCUCCAAGUGCUGGAGGGAGGAAUACCAGAGAGCUCGGCAGAGACAGAUCCAGGAGGACUGGGCUCUGGCUGAGAAGCUGCAGCGAGAAGAGGAGGCGGCUUAUGUCAGCAGUCACAGUUCCUCUCAGACCCAGCCUCCACAGUCCCACUCUCAGCACUCUCUCGCCACCUUCUCUAAGUUUGAGGAGAAGAAAACCAAUGAGAAGACCCGUAAGGUCACCACUGUAAAGAAGUUCUUCAGCCCCUCCUCUCGCACGGCCCCUAAAAAAGUCCCCCCUGAAAAAGAAAAAGAGAAAGAGGAGAAGUUGCAGGGCAGGAGGGAGAGCCAUGGAGAAAACCUCCUGAGGGAUCUGAAGGGCAUUUUUACCCAACCCUGGGAGAUGGCCUCUCCCACUGAAGGUAACAGACAGAGCCUGGAGGAAAAUCUGGGCAUGGUGAUGUGGGAGUGGGGUUAUGUGGCUCCUCUUUCCUCAGGCUCCUCUGAGAAAGUGGACAGAGUAAUGGACCAAGUGGAAAAAUACAUCAUGACUCGACUCUACAAGAGCGUCUUCUGUCCAGAGACCUCGGAUGAUGAGAAAAAAGACCUGGCUACCCAGCACAGGAUUCGGGCGUUACACUGGGUCACCAUUCAGAUGUUGUGUGUUCCUGUGGAUGAAGAGAUCCCUGAGGUCUCUGAUAGUGUAGUCAAAGCCAUCACUGAUAUCAUUGAGAUGGACCCCAAGCGUGUGCCCAGGGAUAAACUGGCCUGCAUCACCAGUUGCAGCAAGCAUAUAUUCAAUGCCAUCAGGGUCACCAAGAAUGAACCAGCUUCUGCAGAUGACUUCCUUCCCACCCUCAUCUAUAUUGUGUUGAAGGCCAACCCGCCACGGCUGCAGUCCAACAUCCAGUACAUCACACGUUUCUGCAACCCUUCAAGACUCAUGACCGGAGAGGACGGCUACUACUUCACCAACCUGUGCUGUGCCAUUGCCUUCAUAGAGAAGCUGGAUGCCCAGUCGUUGAAUCUCAGCCCUGAGGACUUUGAGCACUGCAUGUCCGGUCAUGCUUCCCCUCGAAGGCAAGACGAUACUGCAGCCUGGCCACAGAGUGGUACCCAUGUCAACCCAGCACUUAGCCAGAUCCAUCACAACCUCAAGCUCCUAUCCAGCCUUGAGAAAAGACAGCAGCAGGUCAUCGAGGGGGCGCAGAACCUGCAGGCCGAACUGGCAGAAUGGCAAGACAGCGUGUCCCGCGAGGUGCAGGAAAUCCUGGAGCGAUACCCACUGGAGAUCAAACCACGAGCAUCCGCGAUCGAUGCGGAGAAUGUGGAGAACGACAGGCUGCCACCUCCCCUUCAGCCACAAGUGUUUGCAGGUUAGCGUAGUGUAAUGUCCUCUGGAGUGUAUAAGCCAGCGACAUGGUCGUAUCAAGACGGGUAAAGCAUUUUUAUAUGCAAUGGUUGCUCUUGUCCAAGUUCUCCACUCCUUUUCUCUCUGUAUUUGGGCUGUUACCAUUCCAUUUGUCUUUUAAAUGCGCUUACACAGUCCCACGUCAUAUCUUUUCUGCAAAAAUAUUCUUGUCUGACUACAUUUGUGCAGCUGAUUCAUAAAGGACGAGGCAGAGUUUGUGAAACUAAAUAAGCUUUUCUAACCAGGCUUUAGAAGAUCUGUCAACAGUUUGAUCUACCUUAAUACGAGUUGUUCUAAAAUACUGAAU